AUGAUUAACUUACAAUUCCAUUCAAUUGAAUUUAAAAUUCCUUUAAAAGAUAGCAAGAAUCUUUCUAUCAUUGUUUAAUUUCCAAAUCAUGUCAAAAAGUCCACUUAACCUUUUUAUUAUGAUGCUUCUAAAAACUAUGGAUUAAUAAAUCAGCUAUUAAAAUGCGAUGAAAUUAUUUUAAAUAGUGAAGAGGAUCUUGCAACUCUUGAGAUUGAUGAAGAAGAAGGAGAUGAUAUUAUUAUGCCUAAAAAGCAAAGGUUAUUGGGAAAACAACUUAUAAAACUAAAAAAUGUUUAGCAAGGCACCUAUUAGCUUACACUCAAUUAAAAUUUAGCAAAGAUUAAAUACUCAUGCUCCUUUGGGUUGUCUAGAAAUUCUUCAAUCACAUAAAUUCCAACAAAUAAGAAAAAGUAUAUGACAGAGGAGGAAGACAUAACUACAUCAGAUUAAAAUGAUAUAUUAAGUCUUAACAGGAAUUUGGCAAGUAUUCAUGAUAGAAAAAAUUUAAUUUAAGUGCAAAAGAAGAAUCUAAACUAAAUUGAUGAUGAGUACAUCUUCGAUGAAUCAAUGAUAGAUAAAAGUAAAAGAGAUGUAUCUAUUUUAAGGAUUAACACAUCUGUAUCAACUGAUUAUGGGUAGAAUAAUAGCAUAAAUCCCAUAAAUUAAAAUAAAAAUAAAGCUUUAAUGUAUCAAUAAACAUAAUACUAGACUGCUCCUUUAUCACCAAUUGCUUCCUCAAGAGAUCUUCAAAGCAUUAAGUAAAGCAAUUAAUUUUAAGAAUUAGAAACUAGUUAUUAGUAUGUACCUUAAAAAGAGCAGUUAGCAUAGAAUACAAUAUUAUUUACCAAUUAUGCCAAGAUUUUGAUUUCUUUAAUAUAAUUUUUGAAGUAAGUUUACUCUUGGGAUAAUGCCAUUUUGAGUGUAGGAUAUGGUGUUGGAGUGACAAUGUUUUUAACUUAUUACAAUAUGUCACUAAUUAUCAGUUUUGUUUUAAUCUAUAAAUUUCCUUAAAUAAUUGAAUAGUAGCUCUACUAUAAAAACAAUGAGUGUCCAGAAGAAGAUUUGUAUAACUGGAAUAAAUUUUGUGAAGAUUUUGCUAAAUACAUGCAAAAUAUAAAAGAAAAUAUCAAUUCAAAUUAAUCAAGAGAAACUCUUUUUACAGCUUUCAUUUACAUUUUGGUUUUAGUAAUUAUGAAUUCAAUAUUUAGUGUUUCAAAGAUGUUUAUCCUUCUUUUCUGGAUUCAUCUCUUUUCAUACAACUACAAUGGAUAUAAAAUAUGUAAAGUAUUUCACUAUGAAAUAUUUGGGCCUGUCAUAGACUAAGCUUAUUAACUUAUUUCUAAAAGAGCUAACCUGGAAUCUGAUGAAAUCCCAGAUGAAAACGUUUAAAAUCACCAUCCUGAAGUCUACAAGCCAUUUAUCAACAAUAAACCAGAAGACAUUCAAUUAUAUGAGGUUUACGAAAACCAAAGAAUAGUUUCUGGUUUAAGUUGGUAACCUUGCUAGUCUAAUGAGAGAUUCCCUUGGAGUAAUGAAGAUGGAAGACAAUAGCUUUCUAAGAACAGCACAUAGAUGCUCAACGAAAGAUAGAAAUGGUUGGAAAGUGAGUGGUAAAUAGAUAUAAAUGAGUUUACUGAUGUUUACGGCUGGGAAUAUGCAAAAAGUUUUAAUGAAGGGGUUUAUUAAAAGACUUUUAAGUCAGAACAUUAAGUUCGUCGUAGGAGAUGGAUUAGGAAAGCUAUUUACUCAAGCAAGACUUAGUUAUGA